ACAAAACGCUUGCAAGACAAUUUGACAUUGAAAACGUGACAAUUGCAUUCUAAUUGAAACGAAGUGCUUGCAAUUAGUGUGGAAAAAUCAAUUACCAGCGCACAGCACACAUGUAAUGGAACAGCGUGCAAAUUUUCUGGCACUGACAUUGCUGGACGCCCUGGAGGAUGAAUGCGAAGCGGAUAUUUUCGCCAUGUUGGAUCGCAAUGUUAUCGAUGCCUCCGUGGUGCCCUGUGAGCGCGGCCUAGCGCCGCUCCACUAUGUCUGCGGCAUGCCGAACGUGGAGUUGGCGCAUCGCAUACUCUCCCGCUUCCUGGAGAGCCAACAAUUGGAUGUGAAUGUGCGAUGUGAUGGGAAUAUGACGGCAUUGCACAUCGCCGCCACCUAUGGACGUGUGGAGUUGGUGCGUCUGCUGUUGCAGCAUGGGGCACGCGUUGAUUUGGUUGACGAAGAAAACAAGCUGGCCGUGCAUUAUGCGAUCGAGGAGUGCCAUUUCGAGGUAUUGCAGCUGAUGCGAGACCACAUAUUUUUGCAGAAAUGCGCACGGGACAAGGAUAAAGGACCGCAUCUCGAGCAGCAGAAGACCUCGACGCCAAAAAACAACAUCAAGUACAACUAUGAUGUGACGUCGCCCUACUACAUCAACAUCACACAUCGCCGCUCCAAGCCGCAGCCCAAGUUUCCUGAUGAAAGCGAUCGAGCUGAGCAGGAGCAGUCGCUGAAUCUUUUCUCGCUGACGCGUGAGCAUCUGGCUGAGCUUACGCAGAGUCAGAAGGAGCCAGUGCCGACCUCAAGACGUUCGCUGAUUGAAAAUUGGCGCGAAAAAGUCGAACGAUCCCGUGUACGUCAAUCGCAGCUGCAAGCAGAGCACGUCGAGGCUAUGGUGGACAAGGCGCUGGCCGAGGAAGAGUUCAGUCUGCAGGAACACUUGCGCAAAGCACGCAUCGAGGGGGCGGCACAUGUGGUGGUGUUAAACACUCAACCCGAGUCGGCAAAUAAGAGUCUCGGUUUUGAAGAAGCCGUCGAGCAGGUGGCUCAGGCGCCUGUUCUCGAAUGCAGCUUCCAUACGGCGCAGCCCGAAGGAGCAGAGAUAAACACUUCAGAAACUUGUCGUGCUGGUCUGAUACGCUCACCCAGACAGGAUGAGUACUUCCUGCAAAUGACAGAGGCUUAUGUGCACACCGACGAUGAGAAUGGUCUAGUUUUUUACGAGACGAAGCUGCCUCAGAAUGGCAACAGCAAUGUAGCAGCAACGACGCCGUCAAAGACGCCGAAGACGCCGGCAGCUCUUAACAGCACAGCCAGCAGUCAUUCGACAAAUUUGACACUGCCGCUGGACUAUGAAACGGAUGAGUUGCGUGCAGAGUUAACUCAAUUUGGUGCGCCCGUUGGCCCUAUUACGCAUACCACUAAGCGACUCUACAUAAAGCAACUCAUUAAGUACAAACGCAACACGGAGCAGAUGCUGGAGUCCCAAAGGACUCAGUCACAGUCGCAACUCAAUAAAAUUAAAUACUCCGUGGAAUUGCAUCGUACCAUGCGUUCGGCGGAAGAUUUCAGUCGCAUUUGUGACUUUUUGCCGCAUGAGGCUGCCUCGGCGGCGCACUUUGCCAGCGGGGCGCAGGUGCGUACUAUGCGCGAAGGACAUCUGAAGCAGAGCUUUAUCUAUAUGCUGAUCGAUCCGCGUAUUUCCCGCAACUUGCCGGGCGAAAGCGCCUUCAUUGACAAGUUUAGUGUGUGGAAGCGCUUUCUGGAUUCCAUUUUUUAUGUCGGCAAAGGAAAAUCCUCGCGGCCCUAUGCACAUCUCUACGAUGCCAUGCGUCAGCACACACGUGCCCAUCUCCAGCAGGUGCAGAAGGCACAAUCCGUCAAUGCCCAGGCAGGUAAGCGUGCGGUGUCCAUACGAAAGCAGCCGCUCCAGCCGGAUGUAUUUAAGUCGCCACCACCGGCCAAUGCGCCGCCGGCCAGCAAGAAACUGCAACGAAUCCUCGACAUAUGGCAGCAUGGCUGCGGCGUUGUCUGCCUGCACGUUUUCCACAAUAUUGUGCCCACGGACGCGUAUACGCGUGAGGCGGCCAUUAUAGACGCUUUGGGACUCACACAUCUAACCAAUUUGAAGCGCGGCGACUACUACGGACCUGCCCAAUCCUGGACCAUGAAGCAGAAGAAACAAUUGGGCAUUGCUUUGCUCUACAAGGCGCUUCACAUUUACUUGGCCGAAGGCGAGUCGCAGCUGUCGCCCAGCGAUUUAAUUUAGAGCCAAAUAUUUUCCAGUUAGGCAAUACGUACAAAGUACAACGAAAUGAACUAUUUUUUAACCACUACUUAGCUUGAUCUCAUGCCCCAGUUUACAGCACAAAUUAGAACAAAUUUAAUUAAUUAUACAAUUUACAAAAUAAAAUGAAUUUAGUGAAGUUGAGGAAUAAUUGUCUUCAUAAAAACUGAUUAAAUGUUAUAAGGAGGUAAUCGUUUAUUGG